GACAGGUUGAUGCUGCGCCACUGAGUGCUGUCACAUCGCGUCGACGAGUGGAGAGCUUGACAUUUGACCCAAAGGGAUUCCAGCAGCCCAUUGACACACACUUCGUCUCCACCUAUGUCAACAAUGGCCCAAACAACAUCAAUACCGAACGACGUCUCCUCGCCCAGCGCAGCGCCGCGGAAAAGAGGCCGUCCUCCAAAACAACCGCGGGGGUUGACGACGAGCGGAGGCGGAGAUGUGAGCGUAGCGAACACCGGGCUUAGGAUAUUGGAGGUGGUGAGGAAGUUGCAAGACCCAUCGUGAGUACUGUUUGUGUGCUGAUGUCUUUUGAGGGUGAUGGAAGCGGGAUGUGUGCUAUUCGUGACGUCGAAUAGGCACGCGUGGUGGUUGGUCAAACUUAUUCUGGACAUGAUUGACCUUGGGAAUAUUCUCAAUUCCCAUAGGGGCCGCGUCGUCUCCGAACUAUUCGAGGACCUGGUCUCUCGCCGAGACUACCCAGAGUACUACGAGGUCAUCACCCGCCCGAUUGCGUUGGCUACGAUACAGCAAAAGCUGGAGUCGAAUUCGUAUUCGAGCAUCGACCAGUUCGCUGACGACCUGAACUUGAUGGUAGAGAAUGCAAAGUCUUUCAAUAUAAAAGGCUCUAAAGUAUAUAAAGACGCCACGAUACUGCAGGAAGCUUUCCAAGUGGAACUAGAGAACGAAAUGGGAAAGACGAGGUCUGCGCAGCCGACCGAGGGUGCGAAGGCUGAGGCCAGGGGUAGUGGAAAAGAAAACCUCUAUGACAACAUGCGCAAGGUGCUGGAUACGAUUGCACAGCGCUCAGCGGAAGAUGGCCGUCUCCUCGUGGAGAUGUUCGAAGAGCUUCCAGACAAGGAGUCGUAUCCGGAUUAUUAUCAGGAGAUCAAAAACCCAAUAGCGUUGAAUGUCAUUCGCCAACGAGUUGAUGAUCAUACAUACAAGUCAUUGGCCGAGUUCGAAAGCGACUUUGCGUUAAUGGUUGCAAACGCUAUGGAAUACAACGCAGAAGGGUCGGAUAUCUACGAGGAUGCAACAGCAUUGCAGGACGUCUUCAACGAGCUCACAAAGGGGACUUCUGCGCCCGCACCGCGCGGAGGAGAUAACGCAAACCUUCAGAGCUUGACGUAUAAAGGCUUUACAUAUAACAUAGGUGAUUUCGUCUAUAUUUUCAACCCGAAUGAUCCGCACAAGCCCACCGUAGCUCAGAUUCUGGCUGUAUGGAAGAAGAAGUCACCAAAUGGUGGUGAGAAGGAGGGUGUCACGACCUGCUGGUACCUGCGACCAGAACAGACGUCGCAUCGGCCGAGUGCUCGCUUCCUAAAGAAUGAGGUUUUCAAAACGACCCAUAACGGAAAGUACUUUGCCAACGAAAUCGUUGGCAGAUGUUGGGUCUUACAUUACAAGGACUACAUUAAAGGACGACCACCCGGCGCGAACGAGAACGACGUUUUCGUAUGUGAGUCGCGGUACAACGAACAGCAAAAGCAAAUGUCCAAGAUUCGAAACUGGGCAAGCUGCAUACCACCGAACGCUGUGAACAAAACUGUCGACUUGGUUCUCUUCCCGACUCCCAUCAUACCUUCGCGAAUAUUCACCGCCUUUCCAUCGCAAGCGGCCGACGCUGCAGCCGGGGCCGCUGCCGCGCAAUCUGUUGCGCCAAACACGCAGGCCGCCUUCAUCGCGCCCACAUCACAAGUACCACAAGGCGCGCCGCAAUCGGCGGCCUUUCAAUCCCUCACACCGCAGCUGCCACGGCAUCUUGCCCCUUCGGUACAUGGGACGCCGCAAGGGAUGGUCACAGCGCAGUCGGCGAUAACGCCGAUGGUGUGUUCAAGCGGGCCAUCCGCAAGCCUAUUUGCUGCCUAUGCAGCGGCCACGCCGUACACAAGUACUGCGUCACAUCAGCACAUGCAGACCACAGCGCCAAUACCCGCCCCGAUUGGAUAUGAGUCGUUACCAAUGGUCACAGUGGAAACAUUUGAGACAACGGACGAUGGCAAAAUCAAGUGGUUUGCCGCGCCGCCGCUAGAUGUGAUCGAUGAUUGGACCGCGGUGCAUUCCUUGGAUUAUUUGUACAAGAAGGCCUUGGACAAGCGAAAAAGAAGCUCGGUAGAGCAGGUGGUAACCGCAGGCAGUGGGAAGCGACUUAAGAAACUGCAAAUUGAGAAGCAAAGGGCAUCGAUGGCUGAGCUUCAUAACGGCACCGGGUCCAAUGUCGCUUUCAACACGAACGGGCCUCGCAGUGGCGCCAGUUCUCCCAGACAAUCAUCCUUGCACGUCUUUGGCUCAUCCGCUGCGCUCGUGUCGGAGCAAACGGGCAGCAGUGGAGAUCCUCAUGGGACGUCGAGUCUGGUGGGAGGCGAGGAGGCUCUUGUCUCUGUACUCGGCGCUUUUGCGGAUAGAUGGAUGCAGACUGCGCUCGGGUCGUAGUAGAUACCUAUUCCGCUACGUCCAGAACGGCUCUAUCCAUCAUCACAUCUUGAGCUGGGAAGUAUCGCGUCAGAGGGUUACGGUCGAUGCAUCCCAUCAAUCCCAUUUUUUGUGUGGUUUCCUUGAGUUAUCGUAGGAAAUCUUCUUCAGCAUUGUAUAUAGCGUAUCUGAUGGCGAUGAUAGAUGUCUUGCAAACUCCUGCGAUACUCUGCUUCGUCGUUUCCCCGCAUGAGUUCAUGAGGAUGUCCUUUUGGGAAAGGAGUGGUCUGCGUGUCGCAGCGGGAUGACCGAGC